CCAUUAGUUUUAUACCGGAAGCUCGAGCAGGACAUGUGGCAAUUAUAAUUGAAGGUCUAUUAUAUUUUAUGGGAGGUUCUCGUUUUAUUCCAUCUACAAAUCCAAUUAAGAGCUCAAUAAGAGUGUAUAAUUUGUCCGAUGAGGUUUUUUAUCUAAAUCUUUUAUCUCAAUUUUCCACUGGUAACCCACCAUAUGUUGACCUUACAAGUACUUCUGCACGAAUGAAAUUUGCAAGUGAAAAAGGUGCCAUGGUACUCGGAGAUGCUGUUAAUGAAAAAGCGUUUUUGAUUGGAGGUGUACAACAGAAUCUUGCACUCCUUAGUGAAAUUGAUCAUAAUGCGACUAUAACUUCGAACCCAACAUUGAUGAUAAAUGAAAUUAGCAAAACCUAUAAUACGACUGAUCAAUUCAUUUUUUUCUAUCAUACACGUGCAAAAUCUUGGUCAUAUCCUUUGAGUUAUAAUGGAACGCAGCCGUCUAGACGAAGAUCAACUUCAACUGCCAUAAGUCAGAAUGGAAUAAUAUAUAUAUUUGGAGGGAGAGCUCAAGAAGAUACAGGAUCACCUAUAUUUGUUUGUUAUAAUGAUUUAUAUGCUUUUGACCCGGUAUUAUUAUCGUGGAAUAAAAUUAAUGCAGACAAUGCUCCUUCACCUCGAAGUCAUGCAGAACCAGUAAUGCUUCCAAAUGGUAAGAUUCUUUAUAUUGGUGGUGUAUCUCAGACUGUCCCUGGAAAGAACGCAAACUUAAUAGAUAUGAAUGAGAUCCCAGUAUUUGACGCAAUUUCUUCAACCUGGUCAUACAAAUAUGCAAAUCAACGAAUCCGCAUUCAAGCUCGAAUAGGCCACACUGUAACCUUAACACCAGACAAUAAUGAAAUUAUUAUAAUAGGGGGGAACACAA